ACUCCCGGGACCCCUGCCCCGCAGCCCGGAGACCCCGCCCUAGGAUCGGUCCCUGCCAGGAUUCAGGAGCCCGGCCACGCCCCCCGGGACCCUGACCCAGCCCAGCCCUGGACCCCGAGCACUCCUCCGGCCGCCGCCAGGGAGAAAGAUGCCACCGUUGCUCCGCCGUCCUGGCCACCGCGUUCUUCUCCUCCUCUUCGCCCUGCUGCUGCCCUCGCCUUUCCUGGCCCGCGCCCCUGCGGCCCCGGGUCCCGCCGCCUCUCUGCUCCAGGCUCUCGGGCUGCGCGACGCGCCCCAGGGCGCACCAAAGCCCCGGUCCGUACCCCCCAUCAUGUGGCGCCUGUUUCGUCGCCGGGACCCCCAGGGGGCCAGGCUCAGCCCACGACGGACGCCCCCGGGGGCCACCCUACGACCGUGUCACGUGGAGGAGCUGGGGGUCGCCGGAAACAUCGUGCGCCACAUCCCGGACCGCGGCGCACGAGCCCGGACCACGGAGCCCUCGGCGGCAGGGCAGUGUCCCAAAUGGACCCUCAUCUUCGACCUGUCGGCUGUGGAACCCGCCGAGCUCCCGAGCCGAGCCCGUCUGGAGCUGCGCUUCGCAGCGGAGGAAGCGGCUGCGGCGGAGACAGCAGACGGCUGGGAGCUGAGCGUGGCGCAGGCGGCCGAGGAGGUGGGCGCAGGCCCGGUGCUGCUCCGCCAGGCAGUGGUCUCCCUCGGGACGCCGGUGCGCGCUGAGCUGCUGGACGCCACCUGGGCCCACAACGCCUCAGUACCACGCAGCCUCCGCCUGGCGCUGGCGCUGCGCCCCCGGCACACGGGCACCUGCGGGCGCUUGGCUGAGGCCUCACUGUUGUUGGUGACCCUUGACCCGCGCCUGUGCCACCCCUUCGCCCGGCCGCGGCGCGAGGCCGAGCCCUCGGUGGGCGGCGGCCACGGGGGCUCCUGUCGCGCCCGGCGGCUCUACGUCAGCUUCCGCGAGGUGGGCUGGCAUCGCUGGGUCAUUGCGCCGCGCGGUUUCCUGGCCAACUACUGCCAGGGCCAGUGCUCGCUGCCCGCCACGCUGCCCGGGCCCGGGGGGCCGCCCGCGCUCAACCACGCCGUGCUGCGCGCGCUCAUGCACUCGGCAGCCCCCGGUCCUGCCGGCCUGCCCUGCUGUGUUCCCGCGCGCCUGUCACCUAUCUCCGUGCUCUUCUUCGACAACAGCGACAACGUGGUCCUGCGGCACUACGAGGACAUGGUGGUGGACGAGUGCGGCUGCCGCUGACAGCCGUGCAGGAGCGGGGACACAAUAAACACUGGGUGGUUUGA